ACUUGAUUUGACUAAACUUUCGACCGAAAUCUGAAUUCCAAAAAAUAAUAGAAAUAACUUACAAAAAAUGCGAAAAUUGUUUAUACUUUCCUAUUUCAUUUCCAUGUACGAUAAAUAAUGAAAUGCAAAGGCGCUUGAAGAAUGCAGCUGAGCUUAGAAGGCUUCAGGCCCUGAAGGCCUUGUUCAAGAAAGUGGUUCGCAUGGUGAGCUUUAAUGAUCCGUGGAAGGAAAGCGAUUACGACCCAAGGAUUUCAGUAAACCUUCCGAGAAAUGUAUCCAACCGAGUGCGGACCAAGCGAAAGUCGGGUUUCCUCACUGCAGCGGACAAGUCCUUAAUUCGAACGCCGCACGCCAUUCGUACAGUUCCGGAAAGAAUGAAGUUGUGUAAGAUGUUUGCUAAGUUUAGGUGCCUGACUCAUUUUUCUCCAAAAAUCCGAGCUCGCUUAGUGCCUGUGGUACGCUUUGUAACUGUUGAUGCUGGUCGAAAGCUCAUAAGACAAUCGGAUGUUCCCAUUACAGUGUUUUUUAUACUAACAGGCGAAGUACAUAUGUUUCGAAACGAAGUUGGACAGGAAGGAGGCAAAGUGCUUCAGAGCAUUUUGGGUGUUGGCGAUAUGAUCGGGGAUGUGGAGCUACUAGAGGGCAUCAAACGAACGCACACCUUUAAAACCGCAUCCUACUGCGAACUCCUGGUGCUGUUCGACUAUGACUUUGCGCCGAUUCUGGGGCCCCACAUGACGAAGGUUUGGGACGAGAAGAAGCGGGCCCUCAAGGCGCUGGACUACUUCGACUUCCUCGACAAUGACCAGAUCGUGGAAGCCUGUCGAUUCGGGAGGCUAAAGCAAUUUAAUCCGCUAGAUACCAUAUUCUGUGAGGACACAGGAUCUAUGACAAAUGUGCAUUUUGUGCUCAGUGGAGAGUGUCUGAUACUCCAGUGCCUCAACAUGAAGGUUGGUCUGAAAAAGGGAAAAAAGAUUUUCGAGCUAAUGCCAGCGAGCGAUGGAGAUGUGUCAAAAAUGUUCAGGAAAGGAGUGAGAUCCACCUUUUCCACGCAAACCAAAAUAAAAUCAGUGGACGCCUCAAAAAUAGGUCUUGACCUGGUGGAAAGUUCCAGUAGCAGUUUGAAGGAAAAUGGACCUAUUAAUGCACUCAACCGCCCCAUGCGCAAAAUGCGAUUAAAAGAUAUAGAAACCUCAUGCGGUUUUAUAAAAUCAAUGCGUACUUCAAAGCCGCGUUUCACAUGGCGUCGAUCGACCCAUCAAAAAUCAAUAGUUUCCGCAAUUUCCGAUAAAGAAAAUGAUUUUAUAGAUGAAGAAGUGUAUGAGGAUUUUUGGGAAAUGUUCGAGUAUGAAGAUGAGAUCGAAUCAAGUUCAUCUACUUCCGAGGAUUUGGACAUAAGGGGCAGAGAGGCUUUUCGAACCGCUCCUGCUAGUUUGGUUGGAAGUGCUUCCGAUGAAAGGCCGGUUUUUUCCUCAUCCUUUUCUAGUUUUAGCUCGAGCAGUGAAGAAUUAUCCGUGCCUGUUUUCGAGAGCCAUUUCAUCGAUGUGGGCACCAUAACUUUUGGAGGCAUUUUCGGAUUGGGCGAGAAAAUGGAGCACCGGGUGGUGAUGGCCAGGUCCACGGUUCAGUGUCUGAUCCUUCCCAGAUUUUUCCUGCUGGAGAAGAAACAAAAUCCCGGAAAUAUUUGGGAGCGCCGUCUGUUAUACAUGGAGUGCAUGAUACCAUCGAGGGAAGCCCUGUUUGAACACUAUCUAAAAUCUUGUGAAUGGAAAAAAUUCAAAAACGACUUUCUUCGCGAGACGUUAAAGCCAUCGGAUAAUGACUGCACACACGCUGACGAUAUUCCCAUAAUUUGUAAAAUAGUGGAAUCAUCGGAGGAUGUUAAUUAAUUUUGUAAAAUAACCUGGUUCAAGGUCACUUUUACAUAGUUGCGAUGGGCCAAAGGUAUUUCAUAGGGUACCUUUGGCCUAACUUAAAAAUGUAAAAGCGAUCUUGCGGUAUUCAAGUGUAAACUGUACUCCGUGACUAAAAUAUCCAAUAAAUUGGGUCUAAACGU